UGGGGAGGGGGCGGGGAUGGAGUGGUCUGUCCGCUGGACGUCGGAGCACCGUGGAGACACUGAUCUCCCGAGGUCGCAGCCGGAGCACACGGCCGGCGAGGCCCGCCGCCGGAGCCCCGAAUUAAGCCCCUCCCUGCCUCUGCUCGUGCUCGUUUUGUUCCGAACUGGGGGGCAGCACACAUUUGGGGAAACGUUACAGCAGCUAUUCUGUACUUCUUUGGGGUGGUUUUUGCAAGUUUCGAAGGGCAUUGAAUCCUGUCCCUAUAUUACGCAUCUAACGGCUGGGCCGCGCAUGGUGCAGCCGGCCGGAGCACCCUAUCCUUGCGAGCACGGGCGCUCCCGACCAGAGUCCUCCCCGAGCGCGACAGCUAGGGUUCCUAGCCACCGCCGGCCCGCCGCCACUACUUCCGGGCCGAGGCCUCCGCCGCCCCGCUGCCGGCUCAGGAGCCCCACCAGCAGCGCCUCCCUCCCUGGACCAGCCGCCGCCGCCGCCGCCGCCCUGAGCUACUCCGGCGACCAGUCCAUAGUGCAGGGCGGCCGUCCACCACUGAUUGUGCGUUUGCAGUCUGAGGCCGGCCAAGACGUUUACCCACCCAUGGCGGGAACGAUGAUGGCCGUGACGGCCAAGAGCAAGAACUGCACGCUGGCCUCGGAGAAGAAACACGGGUGGGCUAUCCCGCAGCUUCCGGAGCUCCGGUUCCCUUGGGAUAUGCAAGAAGACAACAAGGCCUUCUCGUUAAGCUUGCUGCAUGACUCUGCCUCCCCUCACGGCGGGCUGUUUGCUAGCGUUGGUCUCAAAGUGUCGACGCCUGCUCCGGCAGUGUCAACCAGCCCGGCGGAGCAGGAGUUCAAGAUCCCUUUUGCUGAUCACUGCAUAAAGUUUGUCUCGUCGGCAGUCGGGUUUCCAGUUGUUGGGGCCGUGGAUGGGUCUGUGGAGGAGGAGGUGGUGGUGGAUGGUAAGAUUAUUAGGAAGAAGGCCAAGAAGCGGGGGCUGAAACUGAAAAUUAAGAUUGGGAACCCGCAUUUGAGGCGGCUGGUUAGUGGAGCUAUUGCGGGGGCGGUCUCGAGGACUUGUGUGGCGCCGUUGGAGACAAUUAGGACACACCUGAUGGUUGGGAGCAAUGGGGAUUCAAUGACAGAAGUGUUUCAGACAAUUAUGAAGACAGAGGGGUGGACAGGGCUGUUCCGUGGGAAUUUUGUGAAUGUCAUCCGUGUUGCUCCAAGCAAGGCGAUUGAGCUAUUUGCUUUUGAUACAGCCAAAAAAUUCCUGACUCCAAAGGCUGAUGAAUCCUCUAAGACUCCCUUUCCUCCAUCACUUGUCGCGGGGGCACUUGCAGGUGUCAGCUCAACACUCUGCACAUAUCCUCUGGAACUGAUCAAGACCCGUCUGACUAUAGAGAAAGAUGUAUAUGACAACUUUCUCCAUUGCCUCGUCAAGAUUGUACGAGAGGAAGGCCCCUCGGAGCUUUACCGUGGUCUGACACCGAGUCUGAUAGGAGUGGUGCCAUACGCCGCGACCAACUACUAUGCCUACGACACCCUGAGGAAGCUCUACAGGAAGACAUUCAAGCAGGAGGAGAUCAGCAACAUUGCAACUCUCCUGAUCGGUUCGGCCGCGGGCGCCAUCUCGAGCACCGCCACCUUCCCUCUCGAAGUAGCUCGCAAGCAGAUGCAGGCUGGGGCGGUGGGCGGUAGGCAGGUCUACAAGAACGUGUUCCAUGCUCUCUACUGCAUAAUGGAGAAGGAAGGGAUCGGCGGCCUGUACAAGGGGCUUGGGCCUAGCUGCAUCAAGCUCAUGCCCGCGGCGGGGAUCUCGUUCAUGUGCUACGAGGCCUGCAAGAAGAUACUGGUCGAAGCCGAGGAGUAGAACGAAGCGUGAUGCGGGGUCGAGUCCUUAAAGAAGAGGCGGCGGGAUUAAGCCUCGUCUUCCUUUCUAUCAAGAAAAGAAAAUUGGAUAAUCAACUACUCAUCAGAAGCUUAGGUCAAAGGUAUUUGAGACACGUCUGUUAGAUGAAGAAGUUUUUGGCCUCUAAAUUAGUUCUGUGUUCGAGUUGAAAUCCAUAAACAAUAUUCUGACUGGCGGAAGCAGUUUUGUCAUGCUACUUUGCUUCUGUGCUACUCUAGCCAUGUUUCUCCCUUUUAUCACCGGAUCUUGGUCAAUCUUUA